ACAGCGUCAAAACGCAGUUAAACUCUCAGUUGAGGGCGGUACAUUGUACGAGUAGGUGGAUUAUAUAAACGACGGUGAAUACUAAGCGAAUUACAUACAUACAUACAUAUAUUAGUGAUAGUGCCUAAAGCGAUCGCAAUGCCUUCAAGUGAUAAACGCAGCGAGAAAUCGAAAUCAAGCGCAGUGGCUGCAAAUGGAGCAGCGCCGCCACGCAUCGAAAUUCCCAAAUGGUUGACGGCGGAACUAUUUGAGCAACUGCUAAGAGAAUCAGUUGCAAACUACCAAAAGAUCACACAGUUCGAAGCAAAGCCCGCCUUGGCUGCAGGUGAAAACUAUGCUACCAUAAUGUUACGUGUCAACAUAGAAGCUGAACUAAAAGAUGAUACGACCAAAUCGUUGUCAUACAUGAUGAAGAUCCCGCAAGAAAACGAAAUCUUUAAGGAAAUGAUGCGAAACCAUAAUAUUUUUGAAAUCGAAUACAGGAUGUAUCACGAAGUCGUUCCCGAGUUCGAACAGUUGUACCGAGAUGUUGGCAUCGAGAGGAAUUUUUCAGCGAAAUGCUACGACAUCGACACCCCUUCGGAAUUUGGCGUAAUUCUACUUGAAGAUCUACAACCAUUCGGCUACAAGAACGCCAAUCGCUUGGAGGGACUUGACUUGGAGCACACAAAGGCUGUGCUUGAGCGCUUGGCACAGUGGCAUGCAGCUUCUGCCAUGCGUGUAGAGACGAGGGGCUUGUAUCCAGAGCUGUUUAUUAAAGGCAUGUUCACCGAAUCUCAGCGCAAGGUAUUUGACAGUUUCAGUGCCACUAUUAAAGCUCCAUUUUUGGAGUCUGUAAAGGCCAUAGAGGGCGGUGAGGCAUAUGUUGGUAGCGCGGCAAAAGCGUUCGACAUCAUGUUGGAAGAACUCUUCAUAAAGUCCACUUACGAUCCCAGCGAGUUCAAUGUUUUAAACCAUGGCGACUGUUGGAGCAACAAUGUCAUGUUUAAGUAUGACAGCGAGGGUAAACUAGAGAAUACACUACUCAUCGACUACCAGAUGAUCAACUAUGGUUCACCGGCGAAAGACUUGCACUACUUUCUGACGUCAUCUACAAGCUACGAUGUGAAAGUGAAACAAUUCGAUUACUUUAUCAAAUUCUAUCACGACAACUUAGUGAAGAACUUGAAGCUUUUGAAGUAUCCUAAAAAGCUGCCCACGCUGAAGGAAAUUCAUAUCGCAAUGAUAAAGAAUGGCAUGUGGGGGUUGGCAGCGGCUUUGGGUGUUAUGGCGGCAGCUUUGUUAGAGUCUAACAGUGAUGCCAAUAUGGAUGGCUUUUUUGGCGAUUCGGACGCUGCAGUUCGUUUUAGAAAUGCAAUGUUUACUAAUCCUAGAUAUCGCAAACAUUUGGAAAUACUGCUGCCGUUUAUGUCCAAUCGCGGCGCCUUUGAAUAAUUAGUAAUCAUAUUCGUACAUACAUAUGUAAAUAUAUUAAGAACAUGUAAAAUAUUUUAUUUGGCAAUAUAGCUAUACAAUCAUCGGAAGUUUUAUGGGAAUCGUACAAGAUUUGUUUAAAGCCAUUAGCGAAAUUUAGUAUAUAAGUUAUAUGUACAUUAGGGUGGUCAAAAAAUGUACAGUAAAAUAAAAUUUUUGGAAUUAUAGGAAUUGAAAAAAGGGCGAACCGGGGAAUUUUUUUUUUCUUAGAAUUGCUAUAAAAUGGCUAAACAUAGAUAAAUAGUUGUUGAUCGAAUAAAAAUAUUUCCCUUCAGAAAGCUUCCAACAAUAUAAUUAUGAUAAAAAUUUAACUCUAAAAAUGUAACUAACUAUUUUUACAAAUUGUGUAACGUGGUUAGGAACCACAGCUGUCAAAUUAUUUUAACAAGUCCUUUUAUGUAGAUAAUACGCUGUAAUAAAAUAAAAAAAUCGGGUCGGGUCGUAGACCUGGCCGAGUAAUUCACGAAACUGCUUUUAAAAUUUUUCUCACACCCUAAAAUUCUCAACUUUUUCUUAAAAGACCAUUCUUACAUGAAAUCCGGCACUAUCAAUUUUUUUCUCGGCUGUUUUUUAACCAAAUUUAGGUACAUAUGUCUUUAGAAAUAAGACUAUUUAUACUUCCUAAAGAAAUAAAUUCCAAAAUUUCCAAAGAAAAUUGUUUCUUUUAGUCAUUACUUCGAAAAGGAUGCUUAAUUCCGAGUAAAACUAGGUACCAUUCAUUAAAAUCAAAAAAAAUAUUGUGAAGUUGUGAUAUUUUGUAUAAAUAGACAUAGUAAGAUUUGCAACUAGACGAACUAUUGAAACCUCGAAGUGUAUUCAAUCCAACUGUUUUUAUUGUUUGUAGAUUUGUAAAAGACAAUAUUUUUAUCUGAUGAAAAAAUUUUUAUUUUUAACGCUUUUAUAGCAAUUCUACAAAAAACUGUAAUUUCCGCAUGUAAAAUAUAAGGACAAUUUCAAAACCCCGUCAGCGCGAUAUUUGCGAUAUUCUUCAGUUCUGAUAAAAAAAUUGGGCAGCCCUAACGUACAUACAUAUGUACAUACUUAUAUACCUGAGUGCGUCACAUUCUUAACCCUCUACCGCAUACGAAUCCAAAUAUGGUGUCACUACUUUGGCAAUUGUUUCCCACCUAACAAGUGGUUUAAAAAUAUUUUAAGCUAAUUAAAUUCAUUGAAAAGGUAACUACAAGUAACGGAAAGUAAUUGGUUUGCCGAUGCUUAGAUGACAUUUGAAUAUAACUUCAACUGCAAAAAAGAAAAACUAAUGAAAAAGCCAAGUUGUGCUUGUAAAACAAUCAUCAUCGUUUUCUGUGUCAAUCAAUAUUUGGUUAAUCGCUAUCCAACUUUUUUCUAUUGUUUUCUUUUAAUUUUCGAUAUGAGUAUUCCUUUGUAAAAUAAUAUUUAAAAUAAAUGUCUUGGAGUCGUUUUUUCUUUCGAUAUAGGUUUAUUAAUACGUAAAUAACGUGUUCUUCACAGAUACAACUUUCUUAUUCAUCUUCUUCAUAAUUCAUGCAGUAGAGGGUUAAGUAAAAAGAUAAUUGUCAGUCGACUUUAAUUGAUGCAAUGUUUGAUUGAGUCAAAUUAUUUGAAUCUAAAUUUUAUUUGCCUUACAUAUCUCCACCUUACUCUGCUUAUCAUAAGUCCAUUGACUCUUAGGGCAUAUGCACCUAAGAACAUGUGCAUACAAAGAUGAUAAGAGGAUUUUAAAUAAUAUCACCACGACUUGUCUUAUCAAUGUUAUUUGCAAAUUAUAGAUAAUAUUGGGAGGUCUUAAAGUUAAUAAAAGUCUCUCUAUUACCUUCA